AUGGAUUCCAUGGAAAAUCGCGUUGGUAAUAUGGAUAGGACAACGUUUUUAAAAGUUUAUUUUCCCAAUGGAUCUUUUCAUGCUCUGAGAUAUACGCCAUCGACGACAAUUUCGGAUUUGAUUCGAGUCGUUUUAAAAGGUCGUCUUUCACCUUAUGAGUUGUUUUAUCAUUUGUCAUUUGCACUUCGUAUAACAUAUGUUGGUAAAGAGCAACACAAUCAUUUACCAAUAUUAAUCACAAAUAAUCAUAUUGUCGAUAAAUGGCUCCAUCCGAAUAUGACUAUGGAGAAAGUGCAAGACUCUUAUGGACCAACGGAAGAAUUGAAAUUUGAACUUCGUCUACGGUAUUUCCCACAAUCUCUCGAUGCUUUCGCACAUGACAAAGCUACAUUUGGUUUUUUUUACGAACAACUUCGUAUUGAUUAUAUGCGUUUCAAAGCUGAACAUGUUUCUAUGAAUGAUGCGAUUGAAUUGGGCUCAUUGGAGAUACGAAAGCUUUUCAAAGAUCUUAAUUCUUCAGCGCUCGAUAAAAAGGUGAACAUGGAUUAUUUAGAAAAAGAACUUGGACUAAGAAAAUUCUUUCCACAAUCUUUGCUUGACACACAAAAGCCACGUGUACUCCGAAAAUAUAUCAAAAAUUGCCUGAAAAAAUACGAAGGACUGGCUGAAGAAGAAUGUGUCAAGCGAUUUUGUCUUCUUCUAAAAGAUGUUUGGAACUGGGAGCAAGAAAUCUAUACGUGUAAACUUGGCGCUGAAUGGGCAGUGCCUAUCAGUCUUGUUCUUGGCCCAUCAGAUGGUAUCAGUUAUCGGACAUCGAAUACGACAAGAUUAACGAAAAUGACACCAUUUGAAACGAUUCUAUCCAUAUCAACAACAAAAGUCAAUUCAAGCGAUUGUGGUCUAAUCAAAUUAAACAUUGCUGGAUCGUCGGAGGUUUUAACCUUUAGUUUCUCCUCAUUAACCGAAGCGCAUGAUGUUGCGAUUCUCAUCGAUGGUUACUGUAUGUUAGUGAAUAGCAAUUCGCAUUCGCUUUGGCGAUCAACUGGCGAUGAUCAGCAAGGUUUAGCAACACGAACAUCGCCAACAUCUACUUUUCUUACUUCGCAUUCUUCAGAAUUCGCUUAUCAUCAUUAUCGAACGAAUGAAGAUGAUGACGACAAUGAUUCGAAUGGAGAUUACGCCGAUGUACUCUCUCCGGAAUAUCAAAUUGAUCGAAAACAAAUCCAUAUGAUUGAAUCAUUGGGUAAUGGGCAGUUCGGUGAAGUCUAUCGUGGAAUUCUAAAAACUGAUCAACAAUUAGAAAUCAAUAUUGCGAUUAAAACAUGCAAAACGCGAGACUCCACAACUACAGAUGCAUUUCUCGAUGAAGCAUAUGUAAUGCAAAAAUUCGAUCAUCCGCAUAUCAUCAAACUAAUCGGCGUUUGUACAGAUCAACCGGUGUUGUUAAUUAUGGAAUUAGCAAGAUUAGGCGAAUUACGCGGAUAUCUAGUCGCCAAUCGAGCCGAUUUCGAUUUAAUCACUUUAGUUCUCUAUUGUGAACAACUAGCUUCUGCACUUGCAUAUCUGGAAUCAAAGAAAUUCGUCCAUCGAGACAUUGCGGCAAGAAAUAUUCUUGUUUCUAAUCACGAAUCAGUUAAAUUAGCUGACUUUGGCCUUUCAAGGCAAUUGACAGUCGAUAGUUCUUAUUACAAAGCAUCCAAAGGUAAACUGCCAAUCAAAUGGAUGGCACCAGAGUCGAUAAACUUUCGUCGUUUCACACAUCUAUCCGAUGUUUGGAUGUUUGGUGUGUGUAUGUGGGAAAUUCUAACCAUGGGAAGAAAACCAUUUCAAGGUGUAGCUAAUGUCGAUGUUAUCGAUCAAAUUGAAAAUGGUGUUCGAUUACCAUUACCCGGUACUUAUUGUCCGCAGCGUCUGUAUGAUUUGUUACAAGAAUGUUGGUCGUACGAACCAACGAGUCGGCCCAAUUUCCUUCACAUUCAUACCCGAUUGAAAACUAUUCUGAAUGAAGAACGAACGAGCGUUGAUUUGAAACCAGAUAAGAUUCCGAUCGAGUUCUUGACGACAUCAGAUGAUCAGGUACCACCGAAACCAGUAUUGCCGAAUAAAAACGGAUUCAUUGGUAGUCGAUUACAAAUUAACAACACAUCAACAACUGCUCGAAGUGAAUCUAGUCAUCAAUUUCAAACUGGUGCUGGCAUCAGACAGAAAUUUUCAUCUAGUACAUCAGCUCCUUCGUUUGAUGUACAAGACUCGCCCGAUAGAGUUCCCAAGUUUUCCAAAUCUAAAGAUCAACAGCAAACAUCUUCGAUACUAUUAAAUGAUCUCUUUCAUUCUCAAACGAAACAGAUUGUUAGUGCAGUACUCGCACUGACACGACAGAAUGACAUUGAUCACAGUAAUGCUUUGGCUCAACCGUCUAAUCGUCCCCUAUCACCAGUGAACGAGAAAGAACAAAUGCAACUAGUGAAAAAUGUUGCCAUUGCCGUUCGUGAUCUUCUUCAAACAAUUGAUUAUGCACCUGCACCAAUCAAAACUAUGUCUGAACAACGCUACAAUCAUUUCUCCGGCUUAGUUGUGAAUCUAAUUGAAACCGUUCGCCAACGAAACUAUGAUAAAAUGAAUGACACCGCCAUCAACAUUGCUCGUACAGCUAAAGCACUUUUCGAUGAUAUUCUUCAACUAAGCUAA